AUGCCAUUGAGCGUGGAUGAUAAGUGUCUGGCGUUCCACGGGCCCCUUCUGUAUGCCGCCAAGGUACUAAAAGUUCAUGAUCCGUCGAAUGGUGGUGACGACGACGAAGAAAUUCCACCUCAUUUGAAAGACCAACAGUGCUUCUACAUUCACUACCGGGGAUGGAAAUCUUCUUGGGAUGAGUGGGUGGGCCAUGACAGAAUCAGAGAAUAUACAGAGGAAAACCUAGAGCUCAAGAAGCAGCUCGUGCAGGAAACAAAAGAAGCAAGUAACGCAAAGAAGAAGGCUGUUUCUAAACCAAAGAAAAUUGAGGCCAAAAAGAAGAGGAGUGCUGCCACAGCUCUUCAAGAAGAGGCCUUGCCAACUGGGCCACGCAUUACGAUUCACAUAUCUCACACUCUAAAGUCGAUUUUGGUUGAUGAUUGGGAGAGAAUCACCAAGGAUAAGAAAUUAAUUGAAUUACCUUGCAAGUCCACAGUCGCGGAAGUACUAAACGAUUAUUACGAAGAAGCAAGCGCUAAAGAGAUAUCACCUGUCACUCAGUCACAACUCAAAGAAUAUUGUGACGGAAUUAAGCUUUAUUUCGACUGUUCACUCUCUGCUAUCCUUCUCUAUAGAUUCGAGAGGCUUCAAUAUGCUAACGAGGCAGCAGAUGGCCCAGCAUCUUCGAUAUACGGAGCUAUACAUCUUCUGCGAUUGCUUAGUAGCCUUCCUGAGCUAGUCUCCCUUACAGCUAUGGAUGAGCGGGGCUGCGAUGUGGUUGUUCAGCAAACUGACAAGCUUUUAAAAUGGCUCACCGAAAGGAAGACGCUCUUUGAGGAAUCAAACUAUAUCAACACAAGCAGCCAGUAUGAGGGUAUGGCCCUAGGCAUGUGA